CCACGUUUCCUCAAAUUGCAUUGUUUUACGUCGACUCAACUCACCCAAUACACCAGUAAUUGAUUUCUGGUUCGAAACUACCUCUGGUGAAGUCAUUCAAUCACGUCACAGCCAACCCUGCUCAAGAUUGCAUCAACCCUCUCCUUUGGGGUAGCAGCGAGGCCAGCAGGGAGAGAGGCGACUGCGAUUCAGCAAAAUAUCCUCUCGACCCUAAAGAGAUUGACAGACAUCACUGAGGCUUGCGAGGACUUGACGCAGGAUACCCAAUUUCGCCAUGGGUGAAAAAGAAGACAAGGAGAAGGCGGAAAAGCUAGCGGCCGCAAAGAAGAGAGUCGCACAACUGCAGAAAAAGAAGAAAGCCGGUACUGGUUCCACCGCAGCCGCCGAGAAGUCGACCAAAGGUUCCAAAACUAAGAAGGAAGACGGCUCAAAGAACGAAGAGCCCGAAACCGCCGAAGGCGAUCUUGACGAAGCCGACCAAUCCAAAGAGAAAGAAGAUACCGAGAAUAAAACUGAGGAUGCUCCUGUCGAAGGAGAGACAGUCGACCCUGAUGAAGCGGCUUUCAACGAUGUGAUCAAGAAUGCUGGGGCACCUGGCAACACAGAGUCAACCCUUGAAUCGCCUUCGGGUACCUCUCCUCCGUCAGCAGACCAGGAAACCUCAGGGUCGUCUUCUACAAACCCCACCCACCGCCCUGCUCGUCAGCCCAGCAUCAGUAUCCAAAGCAAGAUUCGCAGUACAAGUUUCCGAGAUGUUGGGGGAGCUUUAAGCCCAGGGCUGGCUACUCAGACUGAACAUUUGCGGGUUGAAGAGCUUGAAAGAGAGAACAAACGCCUAGCCAAGGAAGCGGAGGACCACGAGAAGAGAUGGCGCCGGAUGGAAGAAGAGUUGGAAGAAUUGAGAGAGCAAAACGUUGAAAAGUCAUUAGACGCCACUGGCGAUUCGGCAGUUGGUGAAGCCGACACAGGAUCGAGCGGAGAAAUAGCCAGACUUAAAGCGGAAAUCGAAACCUUGAAAAGACGAGGCAGUACGAUCAGGAGGGGGAGCACACAACAAAACGAUGGUGAUCUCGAAGCCUUGAAAUCUCAAGUCGAAAGCAAAGACUCCACCAUUGCCGACAUGCAGCUCGAAAUUUCCCGACUGAGAGGACAAUUGUCAAGUCAAACAGAGGGCUGUGAAACACAUGGAGAACAGAUCUCUGCGUUGCAGACAUCCCUCUCAACAACAGAACAGAAACUCAAAGCUCUCGAAAAUGAACUUCAAGACACCAAGAAAGCACUGUCCAAGGCCAGUGAAAAGGCAGUUCGAGAAGGCACCGAACGCACGAGUAAAGAUACCAAGUUGCGGAAUCUAGAACGGGAGCUCCUAGACAUGACCUCAGAGCGCGACGAGGCCAAAAAGAAAGCCGAGCAGCUUGAGAAGAAAAUCGAAGCGAUGAACAAAGUCCACCGCGAAGCCGAAGCUCGUAACGCCGCCAAACUCUCCACAGCCGAGGCAGCUGUCCGUGAUGUACCAGCUCUACGCGCAAAACUCGAGAAGAGCCAGUCGGAGAAUCAACGAUUAAGGGAGAAGCACAAGAGAGUGAUGAGUGGUAGUGGUGGAGAUGAAGGACUCGAUGAGCUCGAAGACGAGGAGAGACAGAAGUUGGAACGCAAGAUAAGAGACCUUGAGGGUCAAGUGUUUGAGCUUCAAAGAGGAGUGUGGCGCGACAAGCGGACUCAGCUACAACCCCCAGGCGACGAAUCAAGGACGUCCUUGGAUCCUGGUGCACACGAGGACUUUGACGAGGUCGAUCUCUCAGGCUCUGGCGACAAGAGUCGGCGGAGGAGUUUCGCUCAGCAAUCAUAUGGUUAUGGCCAGUCACAGCAGCAGACUCGACACUCAGGGUUUACCCAAGUUCUGAACUCGGGCCUUGCAGCAUUUAGAGCGAGCACCACAUCUCCAGACUCACAAGGUCGGCAUGGACAGACCACUCGGCCUAGAAACGACUCGUUGUUGGAAGAAUUUGAUGGUGAUGAUGCCUUUGACGAGUAUGCAUUUGCGCAGGCACAGCGAGAGGAAGAGGCAAGGAAGAUGGUCGAACAUGUUCGAGAGGUCAAGAAGGGUUUGAAGGGAUGGGUUGGAUGGAGGUUGGAUCUUGUAGAUUCUCGGAGAACAGGUGGUGGCGGCAUGGGAUUCGGUGAGGUAUUCGAUAUAUGAUCACUAUCAUCUAUCAGAGCCAGGGCUUGAUAGGAUUGGAUAGGAUGUCCAGUGUAUGAACAUGUAGCAUGCUAUCAAUAGCCAUCAAAGGCUAACCUCACAAUCGAA